UCGUGACAAAGUCGUUUCUGUCGAUGAAGUUUACCGCCGAAAGGAGAAAAAGAAGUAAUGUCGAGUGACGACGAAGAUUUCGUGUUCUACGGAACGCCGAUCGAGAGGGAAGAAGAAAUCACGACCCGGAAGAAGAAGGCGGUCGCGGAGGCCUCUGGUCAGCUCAGAACUGCUCUAGCUCCCUGGAAACAAGAGGUUAGAGAUGAAGAAGGGAGGAGGAGGUUUCAUGGAGCAUUUACGGGUGGUUUUUCUGCUGGUUAUUACAAUACCGUGGGUUCCAAAGAAGGUUGGACACCCCAGUCAUUCACAUCAUCUCGGAAGAAUAGAGCUGAAGUUAGACAACAGAGCAUUUUUAACUUCCUGGAUGAUGAUGAAAAAUCUGAAUUGGAAGGCCGUUCCAUAGGAACAUCCAUGCAAUUUGAUACUUUUGGGUUCACAGCUGCAGAGCUUGCACGUAAACAGGCAGAGAAGGAACAAACACAAAGACCCUCAACUAUCCCUGGACCUCUUCCGGAUGAGCUAAUAGUUCCUGUUACAGAAUCUAUAGGUGUUAAAUUGUUAUUAAAGAUGGGAUGGCGGUUGGGUCGGUCUAUAAAGGAUUCUAACAGAGACUCACGUUAUGAUGCUCGAAGAAAAGGUAGAAAAGCAUUUUUGGCGUUGUCUGACAAUGCGGGUUCACAACUAGCUGACACAAAGUUUGAUGAAGAAGAUAAUGCAGAGUUGCCAUCUGAUAUUGAUAAACAAUUCACUAGAAACAUACCGGCAUAUGUACGCAACCCAAAACAAGAUAUGCAUGGAUUAGGCUACGAUCCUUUUAGGCAUGCUCCAGAGUUUAGGGAAAAGAAAAGGCAAAAAAUGUCUGGAUAUAAGGGAAUGGAGCAUUAUAGGUCUCUUUCCAUAAAGGGGAAGGUUGGCCCUGGUUUCGGUAUUGGUGCUCUUGAAGAAUUAGAUGCAGAAGAUGAGGAUGUAUAUGCAUCGGGUUAUGAAUUUCAAGAUAAUUUUGUGCAAGAAAUUGAAGAACCUUCAAGAGUGAAUGUGGAUAAUUUGCGAAUAUUAGAUAAAAAGGGACAAGGUGUCCUGCUUGGUUUCAAAGCUGCAACUUCUUCUGAUGGCACAUUAGAAAGAUUUUAUCCACCUACAAUUCCAAAGGACUUUGUUCCCCACCAUAAGUUUACUUCUCCUCUUGAAUAUGGUGGCCGGAAUGCUGAAAUUCCUCCCCCUGAGGUCCCUCCUCCAGAAGAUAACAAUCUGAAGGUUAUGAUUGAAGGGGUGGCUACUAUAGUUGCUCGCUGUGGAAAAUUGUUUGAGGAUCUCUCCAGGGAGAAGCAUCAGUCAAAUCCAUUAUUUGGUUUCCUUAAUGGAGGAGAGGGAUCUGAUUUUUAUGCAAGGAAACUCUGGGAAGAGCGCCAAAAGCGUGGUGUACAACCCAAGCCACUGGAUGAGAAAAUGCCUUGGAAAUCAGAACAGCUAACUGCUGAAAACAGAGGGAAAAUGUUAGGUGAAAAACCACUGCAAAGUAGCUCAAAAGGACCAGACUCUUUGGAUGCUUCAAGUGCUUCUGUCAAUAUCCAAUUUCAACUCUCCGAUACCUUCACCAAGCCUGCUUCUGCUCCAGAUUCUACUAAACCCUUCCAUGACGAUCCUGAAAAGCAGAAAAGGUUUGAACAAUUCUUGAAGGAGAAGUACGAAGGUGGUCUUCGAACUAAAGAUUCUGGUGGUGCCAGUAACAUGUCAGAAUCUGCUCGUGCCCGUGAAAGAUUAGAGUUUGAAGCUGCUGGGGAAGCCAUGCGGCAAAAAAGUUCAGGAGACAACAGCAGGGUCACUAGUCAGUUGCUUGCUGAUUUGUCAGCCUCUGCUGGGUUACAAUUUACUGUCGGUGGGAGUGGUUCUGAGAAGGAUGUACAGCAGGAUGCAGAAGCCAUCGCUAUAGCAUUGUAUCCCAAAAGGGAAGAGUUUCAGUGGCGACCUGCGCCAAUUUUAUGCAAGCGAUUUGAUUUGGUUGAUCCAUACAUGGGAAAGCCACCCCCUCCUCCACGGUCAAGGAGCAAAUUGGACUCUCUAAUUUUCAUGCCUGAUUCGAUCAAAACUGCAAACACGCAAGAACAUAUUGCGAACGAUCUGGGUUCGUCCGAGGUUCUACAAUUGCAUGGUGCAAAAGGCAGAAAAACAGCUGCUAAUGAAGUUGAGACUGAGGUGGAAGUUGAAAAUGUUGAGCGGCCUGUCGAUCUUUACAAAGCAAUAUUUUCUGAUGAUUCCGAGGAUGAGGAAAACAAAGCGGCACCAGAAGAACUGGAGGAUACAGAAAAGAAGAUAGAAGUUGCGAACACAACAUUGAACCGACUAAUGGCUGGGGACUUCUUGGAAUCACUGGGGAAGGAACUGGGGCUAGCCGUUCCUCCUGAGAUGCGACUGCCGGAGAAUAAAGCUGGUGCACGGGUUGCAGUAAAGGAAACGGAUUAUACCGAUAAAGGAAUUGUGGAUUCUCCAGCUGGAAAAAAGUUUUCAACUGCUCAUGAUGUUGCUGGCAGUUCAACAAUUGGAGCAACUGCUGAAACUAAACCUGAUGAUCGAAACAACACUCAAGAAACGAGGACCAAACUUGUAGCGCCCACAGGGGGAGGUGAAAACAGCAAUUCAAAGGUCCUGUCCACGAAGAAUCUUGAAACUCCUGGAACUCGGAAACAGAGUAGAAGCAGCAGUUCAUCAGAAGAUGAAAGGAGAAGAAAGAGAUCUAGGAGUCGAAAGCAUCAAAGCAGCAGUUCGGAUAGUGAUUCAUCUGAGGAUUCCGAUGAUUACCAUGAUCGCCACAGGCGCUCUACGUCCAGAAGAAAAGACAAGGAAAGGAGGCGAAGCAAAAAACAUUCGAAGCACCACCACCGGAGCAAACACAGACGGGGAGAUUCUUCUCCCAGCCGAUCCCAUCGUAGCUCUGAAAAACGCGAACACCGGAAUUCGAAGAAUAAUAGAUAUGAAAGGUGAGGGCAGUGGUGGUAGAGUGGAAAGACAAAGGUUUCGAUGAUGCUAUUUUCUUUUAUGUCUGUUUGGCUGGAUUGCUUUGUGUAUUUUGUACUACAUUUCAGAAGCAGUAUAUACUGAGAAUUGUUUUGCUGCAUUACAAUUACAGAAUGAUCGAAAGUAAUGGUGCACUUUGUUGGAUCUUCA